CCAGCUGUGCUUGGCUCUAUUUGGGAAUAUAGUCCAUUUGGAACUCACCAGCAGUUUGGGAUUUUAAAGGAUGCCAGACUUCUUCAAGGUCCCUUUAGAUGGAAUAUAAUACUGCCGAAGCCGUUUCAUCAAAAGGAUUAAUGCCUGCAUUAUCAUUUCUGCAAUAAAACAGAAAGCUAAGACGGGGAGGCCACAGACACCUCAAACCUGGAUCCCACAGUUCCACAUUAAGUGCUGGAGUUUUUAUCACCCUGCUGCGGGAACACCUUCGCCAAUGCUUACAAGGAACUGCCUAUCCCUGCUUCUCUGGGUCCUGUUUGAUGGAGGCCUCCUAACACCGCUGCAGCCACAGCCACAGCCACAGCACACGUUAGCCACGGAGCCAAGAGAGGAUGUCACCCACCUGCCAGGGCGGCGCCUGCAUUUCCAACGAGUUAAACGUGGCUGGGUAUGGAACCAGUUCUUUGUGCUGGAAGAAUACAUGGGCUCCGAGCCUCAGUAUGUGGGAAAGCUCCAUUCUGACUUAGAUAAGGGAGAGGGCAGUGUAAAAUACACCCUCUCUGGAGAUGGCGCCGGCACCAUUUUUACCAUUGAUGAAACUACAGGGGACAUUCAUGCAAUAAGGAGCCUGGAUAGAGAAGAAAAACCUUUCUACACGCUUCGUGCUCAGGCUGUGGACAUAGAAACCAGGAAGCCCCUGGAGCCUGAAUCAGAAUUCAUCAUCAAAGUGCAGGAUAUUAAUGAUAAUGAGCCAAAGUUUUUGGAUGGACCAUAUGUUGCCAGUGUCCCAGAAAUGUCUCCUGUGGGUGCAUAUGUGCUCCAGGUCAAGGCCACGGAUGCAGAUGACCCAACCUAUGGAAACAGCGCUAGAGUCGUUUACAGCAUUCUGCAGGGACAACCUUAUUUCUCUAUUGAUCCCAAGACAGGUGUUAUUAGAACGGCUUUGCCAAACAUGGACAGGGAGGUCAAGGAACAAUACCAAGUCCUCAUCCAAGCCAAGGACAUGGGCGGACAACUGGGAGGGUUAGCCGGAACGACAGUAGUCAACAUCACCCUCACCGAUGUCAAUGACAAUCCACCUCGCUUUCCCAAAAGUAUCUUCCAUCUGAAAGUUCCUGAAUCUUCUCCUCUUGGCUCAGCUAUUGGAAGAAUAAGAGCUGUGGAUCCUGACUUUGGACAAAAUGCAGAAAUUGAAUACAAUAUUGUUCCAGGAGAUGGGGGAAAUUUGUUUGACAUCGUCACAGAUGAGGAUACACAAGAAGGCAUCAUCAAAUUAAAAAAGCCGUUGGAUUUUGAAACCAAGAAGGCGUACACGUUCAAAGUGGAAGCCUCCAACCUGCACCUGGACCACCGCUUUCACUCGGCGGGGCCCUUCAAAGACACGGCCACGGUGAAGAUCAGCGUGCUGGACGUGGACGAGCCGCCCGUGUUCAGCAAGCCGCUCUACACCAUGGAGGUGUUCGAGGACACGCCGGUGGGCACCGUCAUCGGCGCCGUCACCGCGCAGGACCUCGACGUGGGCAGCAGUGCUGUGAGGUACUUCAUAGACUGGAAGAGUGAUGGGGACAGCUACUUCACAAUAGAUGGGACGGAGGGAACCAUCGCCACUAAUGAACUGCUAGACAGAGAGAGCACCGCACAGUAUAAUUUCUCCAUAAUUGCGCGUAAAGUUAGUAACACAUUAUUAACCAGCAAAGUCAGCAUAUUGAUUAAUGUCCUAGAUGUCAAUGAAUUUCCACCAGAAAUAGCUGUGCCAUAUGAGACAUCUGUGUGUGAAAAUGCCAAACCAGGACAGAUCAUUCAGCUAGUCAGCGCUGCUGACCGAGAUCUUUCCCCUGCUGGGCAGCAAUUCUCCUUCAGAAUAUCACCUGAAGCAGCCAUCAAACCAAAUUUUACAGUCCGUGACUUCAGAAACAACACAGCUGGAAUUGAAGCCAGAAGAAAUGGAUACAGCCGGAGGCAACAAGAGCUGUAUUUCCUCCCUGUUGUGAUAGAAGACAGCAGCUAUCCUGUCCAGAGCAGCACUAGCACAAUGACUAUUCGAGUUUGUAGAUGUGACUCUGAUGGUACCAUCCUGUCUUGUAAUGUGGAAGCAAUUUUUCUACCUGUAGGACUCAGCACUGGGGCUUUGAUUGCAAUCCUGCUGUGCAUUGUUAUACUCUUAGUCAUAGUGGUGCUGUACGUCGCGCUGCGAAGGCAGAAGAAGAAAGACACCCUGAUGACCUCCAAAGAAGACAUCAGAGACAACGUUAUCCAUUACGACGACGAAGGAGGUGGGGAGGAGGACACCCAGGCUUUCGACAUUGGUGCUCUGAGAAACCCAAAAGCGAUUGAAGAUAACAAAAUUCGCAGGGAUAUCAAGCCAGACUCCCUCUGCUUACCUCGGCAGAGACCUGCAGUGGAAGAUAACACAGACAUAAGGGAUUUCAUUCAUCAGAGGCUGCAGGAAAACGAUGUGGACCCAACCGCCCCACCAUAUGAUUCACUGGCAACAUAUGCCUAUGAGGGAAAUGGGUCCGUGGCAGACUCCCUCAGCUCCAUAGACUCUCUCACCUCGGAAGCUGACCAGGACUAUGACUACCUGACAGACUGGGGACCCCGCUUUAAAGUCCUGGCAGACAUGUUUGGCGAAGAAGAGAGCUAUAAUCCUGAUAAAGUCACUUAGGGGAGAAGCAAAGACUAUAUCAACAGAAGAAAUUUAAGAAAGAAAAAUAAAGGAAUCACAUACACACACAGACACACAUACACACAUACACACACACACACACACACAGGCUUUAUAGGACAAGAAAUUCUUUGAGUAUCUGGUUUCUAGCAAGUUGCUAUAUUUAUCAUAUUGUCAGUUUUGGUUUGUUCUGCCAACACAAGAUAAAUCCUAUUAGAUGUACUUGCUUGGUUUGGUUUUGUUAUUUUGGAAACACACUGAGACAAGCUCAGGCCUAUUAAAUACAAUUUACUGACAUGACAACCUAGAAUGAAGAUAGCUAGGUGGCAUCACGGUGGAAGAGUGUUAGAUUUUUCUUAAUUCCACUAAAGUGCCUAUUGAAACUCUUAUCAUUUAAAGUGGUGUACAGUACACUCCGCUGUGAUGACAUUGCAGGACCCAGAGACACAGAGGACAUGAAACAAAGACACCGUCUUUAUAUGCCAAGGAGCAAUAGCAACAUGCUGACUUCUAAUUCCUUUUGAGAAAAAAUAAAAAGCAUACUUUCUGAACUCCAUCUUCUUAGAAUUCAAACAUUUUUAAAACUGUAUGCCAAAACGCAUUUGUUUUCCCCACCCUUUCAGAAAAUUGAAAUAAAUGUGAUGUUAAAUUCAAUAUGUAAGUUCUGCAUUUUAAAAGCAAUGUUUGAUCUUCCCAUUACUUCAUAUUAAGCUAUUCAUUAAAAUGUUACUUUUUAUCAAAAAAUAAACUUUUAACAAAAUGAAAUUUAAAAAAAAAAAUCCCUCUUUAUAAAGAGAGGCCUCAGGGCUGAAACUCCACAUUAAAAUAAACUGGUUUUGUCUUAA